AUGCAGCGCUUGAGCCUCAAAACAGCUAGCACUUCCAAGUUUGGUAGCGGAGCACUUCGGUGCUUUCGUAAUUCCAGGCCUAGUUGGCUGCCUAGGGCCCAUACGCUCUGCACGGCUGCGCCGUGCUCUUUCACUUUUGACACCACGAUUCUUGACUUUGUCUACGACACACUGAGGUGGUUUGCUGCCAACAAGGACAUCCAACUGUCCGACCACCUCCGAGAUUUGAAAAGAGCAGCUGCCCAAGGUGAUCUUCGGCAGCCGGCUCCUGACAAGAAGCAAGGCCUGAGUGCAGGCAACAUUUUUCAAGCAACCAUUGCGGCAAUCCUUCUCUUCAUCUUUGCGGGCAGCCUCCUCCAGCAAGGAAGCCAGAGUUUAUUCUUCGAGAGUGGCGCUGCCGCGGCGAGCGACAAGGAGAUCUACGGCCCGGACGUCUUUCCCCUCGCGAAGCUGAGUGGCGAGACCUUCGGCCCGGAAGACUCUGUCCUCUACGGCCAGAUCGACUUGGUCGAGGACUCCCAGGAACUCCUUGAUUACACGAUUCUCCGCGCCAACAACGUUACGGACAAGGCUGACUUCCAGGACGGUAUCUUCGGCAAGUUCUCCUUGGAUUUGUUCUACGUCGACGUCCUAGAUUGCUCAAAUCCCUUUGUUCGAGAGAUGGCUUCUGCCUCGCCCAAUCCGAGCAAUACAGGCAUUCCUUUGCAAGAGUUUCGACGCGAUUGCCCUCCAGGAUGGGCACCCAACAUGCCUGACUACCCCUUGCGGCUCUUCUUCGAUAAGUUGAAGCUUUGGUACCAGAUUUUCGAUGGUGCAGAUGAGCUUGUGGGUCCCUUGGUGGCUGGAAGAUUGCAGGGCAAGGCACAAAGGCUAGCUCUUCAGCUUCGUCUUCCCAGACCAGACGGAGGCAUCGACAUUGGCUCCAAUGCCCUAGUCCGUCUAUCCGUUGACGAGGUGAGAGACCCAGUCAACCCAUCUGUGAUCCUGCAAUCGGCAAUACCAUCUGGGGUCCAAGCUUUAUGCAACUCGUUGAGGGAUGCAUUCGGCUACAGUGAUCAAGAAUUGGUAUCUCGAUCCAUAGAAGAGUUCAUGGAAUUCCGCAGGGGUCGCAUGGCAUUCUCGGAGUUCAGCAUUGAGUUUGAUAUGCGUCUUGAGGAAGCGACCACUCGGGCUGGCUUUGAGAUCAAUGACGUGGCAAAGUUUUACCUCUUCUUCAAGGCGGCCCAGCUUCCAACCAAGCUCGUGGACGACGUCAAGCUUCAGAUUCAAGGUGACCUUCGACGCUUCCAGGAGGCCAGGUCACUUGCUCUUCGCCUGGUUCAUCGAGCCCAGGAAAACCAUGAGGCCUACUUUAUGGGCGAUGACGAUGACGACGAGUGGGAUGACAUCUGGGACGACGGCUGGUUUGGCGACUCCUACUGGCAGGAAGACUGGGAUCCCUGGUACGAGGACUUCUAUGGCGAGGAGAGGGGCUAUGGCAAGAAGGGCUCUGGCUACGGUGGUGGCAGCUACUUCGGCUUCAGUGACAAGAAGUUGAAUGAUAGCUUCCAUGGGCCUCCUGCCCGCUCGUCGCCGCUGAAGGAGAAGCAUGUUCGCUUUGAGGAAGAUGAUCGAAAUCCCAUCUUCCAACUUGGCAAGCCCAAGUCAUCGGCCAACAAUGACUCGACUGAACCUGAGGAAGACUUGCCUCAAGACGAGCCACACUCUGCGACUGCCAACGUGGAGAAACGCCUGGACUUCUCCUUUGCCGUGGGCAUCUUUUCUUCCUUGGAGAACUACCACACCGUCAAGGGCGACAAGCGGCGCGGACUACUUGUUGACCCAGGAGCCGCUUCUGGACUUGUUGGUUCCGAGACCUUGCGAGAUCUUCUGAGUGUUCUUCCGGAGGACCGACAACGAGAAGUCACCUGGAACUACCAGAAGCAUCACAGUGUGAGUGGCAUUUCAGGUACACCGGAGAAUACCAUGGGUGAGGUUACCAUCCCUUUGACUUUGUCUGGUGCCAGCGGCGCCUAUCGUGCGGAUGUGCUGGGCGGCGAUGGAUCACUAUGUCCGGCGCUUCUGGGCAAUCCUGCUCUCCGGCGGCAACGGGCAGCGAUACUGACCGACUACUUCGAGAAUGGCGAUGGCGUCCUGGUGGUCCAGAAGUCUGAUCAAGAACGGCAUUAUCUUCGCAUUCUCCUCACGGACUCCGGUCACUACUUGCUGCCAGUGGAUGAACACUGUGACGUUUCCGAGAAAGACGCCAUUGGUGUCAGCACGCGGCUGGGCAUGUUUGCUUCGGCCAUUCGAGAGCGCUGGAAGGAUGUCCGGCAUUGCUUCCUGAGUCAGGCGUCUUCCUCGGCAACUCCGGAACAUGAGCGGAAUGGAAAGGCAUUUCAUGACACUUUGGAAGGAACCUCAGACACGAGUCCUCCUACCUUCUCUACGACUACUUCGCAAGCUCAAGCAAGGAAGCCAAGCAAGGACAAGGUGACUUUAUGCACAACCAAUGAGGAACCAUCAACCACGCCUAGCGAAACCACAUGCACCACCAAUGAGGAACCAUUAACAACGCCUAGCGAAACCACAUGCACCACCAAAGAGGAGUCAACAGCUACAGCAAGUGACUCACCAUUCACAACCAUUUGUGCGGCAAAGUCAACGUCCCCACUUGAUCGUUGUCUACAAGGUCGCCGGUUGGUGCUAGAUGUUAAGACCUCAGGCACGAGUUCAGCUACCUUCUCCACGACUACUUCGGGGCACCAGCCAGAUUGUAUCAGUGGCGACAGACCAUUUUUCGAAGACCCAUGUGCAGAUGUCAGACGAGCGAAAAGUGACUCAUGGACCAUUGAGGAGCACUACCUUGUGCGGCAUCAUAGUCUUCCACGACGUGUUCUCUUCACUCCAAAUGGUGCAUUGAAUUGUCCAGUGGACACGAACCUCCUGACCGGCGAGAGGACAACCAUCAUGAAACCAAUUCCACGGAGAUCCGAGAGGGUGCUUGAGGACAACUGGCUGCAUGCAUCAGCUCCUAAUCGAGACCUGGGGCAUCUCUGGACAGGUUCUACGAAGUUCCGACUGCGGACUCCCGGGAAACCUCUUCCACCACAAGAGCUGGCAACGACAACUCCGGACGGCGAUGAUGCGGACCUCUUUCCCUACUACACUGGGGAUCAGUUUCCUGACCAUUGGCCCGAAGAUCGCGCCAAGAAGGCCAAGCAGUAUUACAAAUCGAUGCCAGAAGAGUUCUACAGCCAGUCUGGUCGUCGGCCGAUCACUCCAUACAACUUUGCUGCCUGGAUGAAGAAAACUCGUGGUCGUGGUUUGCGACUGCAGUUCCAAGAAUUCUGUUCGGGCAGCGGGCGACUUUCGUUGCUGUUGCUGGCGGCCGGUCUUGCGGUGGCCUUUCCGGUGGAUUAUCGCUAUGGCUGGGAUCUCUCUCUCCCUCGGCAUCAGGCCAUGAUACACGAGUGCUGUCAGGAGUUCCAGACGGCCCAUCUGUUCGGUGCACCUUCGUGUGGUCCUUGGUCUUCCUCAUCGAGUACAAAGGAUCCAAAGGUUCGUGAUUUAGAUCGUCGGAAUGAGCUGCCUACAUUGUCGUUUCUUCAUGACACGUUCUUGUGGCAACACAAUGAAGGCCGUGGAUUCACAUUGGAGCAGCCUUGGGGCUCUGCUAUGUUCACUGAUAGUCCGGUUGCCAACCUCUUCGACCACGAGGGCAUCUUCAAGCAAAGGCUGGAUCAAUGCAUGCUUGGGGCACAGGAUGAACUCCAACAUCCAGUGCGCAAGGCCACCGGCUUCCUGAGUAAUCGCCGCUGGCGCUCCGUCCUGAAACGAUGUGGCGGCCACAAAGGCAAGGCUCAUGGCAUCUUGCAGGGCCAGAUCAAUGGCAUCAAUCGGACAGCACUUGCCGCCGUUUAUCCUCGACGCCUCUGCAAAAUUCUUGCUCAGGAUCUUUGGCGCAUUCUCCGACAAGAGGGCCUACAACGUUGUCCGGUGUGGCCACGCAGUUUGUUUUGGAUGCAUGGGCUGUACUACGCCUGUGAACGCUGUCAGCUUGGACGCUCAUGCCCUCCGGGUGUGGAGCAUACCUUUGUUCCUGGCGAGUGUCGCUAUGGUCAACCUCAUCGCCAACCAGCAGCAGCUCGUCCUGGUGAUGGUCAAGCAAGCCGUGCAGCGCCCGGCGAUCUGGAGGAUCCCACUGGGCCCUUCAAGUUUCUGGCUCGCAGCGGCGACUUCUCGUCUGUUGCUUUGGACGUGCACGCGUCUUUUGACCUUCUUCCGGAGUCUCGCCUCUACCUGAAGGCCGCGUUGAUGCAGCUCUUGGAGGCUGGCUUGGGCAUCUUCUCCGAGGCGACUGCCGCUGACUACGACCACUGGGUGGACGACCUUGUCUUGCUGCGGGUCAUCCAGGAUGUGUUUGCUCCUCACUUCCGGGUGCUGGCUAUCAUGAUAUCUCUUCGUCCUUGGUGCCGUAAAGUGCCUGACCCAGAACUUACGUCGGCUUGUGCGCCUCUUCGUCUACUCAUCGAGGGCGAUGUACGUCAUUGGCGCGUCCACGCUCUGGAAGACAUGCGGCUGAUGUCUCAUCAGCAGCUGCAUGCGCCUGUGGAGGAAGCAGAUUGGCACGUGCAUCUCUUCGGGCACGCGCACGGGGAUGCUGCUGUUGACCGUGUUGGUGGUGCUACUUCUGCAGCCUCACGCCCGGCGGCUCCCUUUGUUCCGGCCGAAAGAGAAAAUGGUGGGGAGGUAGCAUCUUCUUCAUCGCACGUGCCUCCUCCAGUUCGCAAUUCAGCUCCUACUGGCGAAGCACGAGCAAUGGCCAAGGCCAAAGCCACGGCUACACCAUCUCCGGCAGCAAAAGUGGCUCCUGUUCCACCUCGUGAAGCACAACCUGAACAAGCAGAAAUCGCUGGCGAAGAGGAGUUUCAAGCAGUUCGACCGGAACAAGAGGAUCGUCCAAAGACCUUGAAGCCCCUCUAUGACUUCAAGAAAGUUUUCGAAAAGCUGCGAGGUGACAUCCCGACUUCGGAUCCUGUGUUGGCAAAGCGGCUGCUACUGGGCCUCCACGAGCGCUUCUACCACGCGCCGAUCAGUGAUUUCCGAAACAUGCUCAUCAGGGCAGGCUUGGGAGGAGAAGUCCUGAAGUUGGCAGAAGAAGCCAUUAUGAACUGCUCGAUCUGUCGAAAGCAUGUGCGACUUCCUCCCCGACCACAAGUGAAGAUAGGUUCCCAGGCCUCAUGCUUCAACAGCAGAGUUCAAUGUGAUCUCUUCCAGUACAAGGAGACCUGGAUCCUCUUGAUGGUGGAUGAAGCGACCCGGUACAAGUCAGCAAUGGCUGUGAGUUCUCGUGAGCACAAUGAUAUUCUCCAGCCAAUGCUGAAAUGGUGGUUCACGAUUUAUGGCCCUCCUGCACAAUUGGUUCUUGACCAAGAGUCCUCUCUUAUGGGCCAUCAAGCAGGAAAAGAAUUGGAGCGCUUUGGGGUCGAGAGAGUUCCGAAGGGCACAACUUCCGGACCGGCGGCGGCCCAACACACCGGGACAGGACUUGUGGAAAGGCAUAUUGGACUCGUCGAAAUUACUAUGGCGAAGUUAGAGGCAGAGCUUGACAGGCAGGGCGUCGCGAUAGAGAUCGACGAUCUAUGCCGGGAGGCGGCCACCGCGCAAAACUCCUCCUUAAACUAUGGGGGAGCCACCCCUUCGAUGGCUGUCUUCGGAGUUCUCCCUCGGCCGUAUUUUCAGGACGACACGGACAACAUCACCGCCAUCACAGGUGCCUUACAAACGGAUGUAACACCUUUCGAACGAGCCAUUCGAGUUCGACAACUUGCUCUCUCUAUGGUUCACCAAGCAAUUGCUGAGGACCGGGUCGCCAGGGCCAACAAAACCAGGCCACAACAACUCCGGCUUGGAGAGCUGAAGCCUGGAGUGAGCCUAGUUGACUACUAUUGUGAGAUACAAGGCGAUGUGGGCUGGCGCGGUCCUGCUGAGCUUCUGCGUCUGAGCCAGACCGAGGGUACGGCUAUCAUCUCAUACCAAGGCCGACCGUACUUGGUGUCUCUUCGACAUAUUCGGCCUCAUGCAGCCGGCGUCUUCGUGACCCUCAGCCAGAACCAGAACGAGGCGUUCCAGUGGUUCAAGCAGCUGGUGGAGAAGCUCUCCCCGUACAAGGCCGUGACCAUUGGGUGGGUUCCUGAGACCAAGGAUGGCUGUACCUCCUGGAGAAGAGCGUCCACCUCUUCCCUGUCCUACGACGAGGCUUGGACGAAUCUGGUGGCGCUCUCCAAGGCCAUCUCCAACAGAAACGUCGGCGGCAUGAUCAUGGGUCAGGGCCUUCGCACGAUCCAUCCUCCGCGUGGCACGGUGGGAGUUCUUUUGCUGUGGAAAUCAAGGACCGACGAGUACACCUGCCACGAGCACAACAACGAUGAGCCUAUCACGAUGAAGAAGGUGACGACUACUCCUGUCGACGAAGUGGCUUUCCUCUACAUGUACUUCGUGGUCACCAUGGCCUAUGAUCCGGAACCGCCGCUGAAGGUGAUUCCUUCCGAAGGUGCCAUAGAUCACGGCGGGCCCAUGGACAUGGAUCAUCAUCAACCGUGCUCAGCCAUCAAGGGCGAUGAGAACACUCCCAUGGAGUUGAGUUGGACUUGA